AUGCACAUUUAUAGAACGCGACUUACAUACGUCACAACUGCUGCCGUGGGCCUCGGCACGGCGGUUUUCCUCUGGUGGUGGUGGAAUAGAAAACAGAAGCCUCAACCACCAUCGAAAUGGCGAAAAGUCGGAGAAUUGAGCGACUUGAUGGUGUUCCCGGUGAAAUCGCUCGGUGCAAUUCGUAUGACAGAAAUGGAAUGCACACCAUUGGGACUGAAAUCUGGUUGGUUGAGAGAUCGGACAUUGCUCGUUAUCGACCUCGAGGGGCGAUUUAUCACUGCCAGACAUACACCCAAAAUGGUCAAUGUGUCACCUAGUAUUUCCGGUUCUGUGCUUACGCUUCGCGCUCCAGGCAUGAUGUCGAUAUCGGUGGACCUUGCACAACUUCGCGGCAAAGGUUUCCGGGUUGCUGUGUGGGGUCAAGCGGUACCAGCACGUGAUUGUGGCGAGGAACCUGCCCGAUGGCUGUCACGGUUCCUUCUUCAGGAGGAUGUCGGUCUUCGUUUAGUCUAUUAUCCAUUAGAUCGACCGGUGAGACCAGUGAGGCAGAGAAAUAUUAACGUUUUUCCUUUGGAAGAAGCGAGAGAUAUGGGAGCCUAUCCAGACGAAACAAGUUAUAGUCUGAUCAACGAAGCUUCAGUAGCAGAACUUAAUAGCCGAUUGGAUGAGCCAGUCACGCCGCAGCAAUUUCGUAUGAAUUUCGUGGUCAAGGGUGCCACCGCUUAUGAGGAAGAUAAAUGGGAUUGGGUGAAGAUUGGAAACGUGAUUAUGAGAAACGUCAGGCCCUGCACAAGAUGUAUCUUUACUACAAUAAAUCCAGAAACCGGCACGAAACAUCCCAAUACGGAGCCUCUAAAGACUUUGAAAACUUACAGAGGAAUAACCGAUCCAGCAAUUCGAUCUGCAAUUGGUGACAGUCCAAUGAUGGGAAUUCAUCUUGGGUUGCGUGGUCCAAAUGGGAUGAUUCGCUUGGGUGAUCCAAUUUAUGUGGGCAUCCCAGAAGAGGAAGCUCCAUCUGUGACUUCGCCAUCAUAGCUACAUCGUUGGGACUCCUGCGAAAUUUCAGAACACGAACUCGACGUAAACUUGAUAGUCGAGAAUAAAAAUAAUGUAACAGCGGAGUCCAGAAUUGACAGUGAAAUUGAUAAAAAUGCUAAAAUUGAUGUAUGAAAAUUGUGUACGCACAGUAUGUAAUAUGAACUAAGGACAAAUGAAGAUUAGAAAUAAGAAUUGUAAAAUUGUAAAACUGUAUAAUUAUUAGAGAUUGUUAUCUUGUCGGAAUGAUAAAUUUCAUGUUGGGUCUAA